AUGUCGGAAACGACUAUCUCUCAUUUCCAAGAAGACACAUCGCUGUUUUUUAACGACGGCAAUGUGGUGGUUGCUGCAGCCCCUUUGCACGGCGAAGGGGGUCUCCUUUUUUGCGUACACAAAUCUAUACUUUCCAUGCAUUCAUCCGUCUUCGACGACAUGUUCACUCUGCCCGAUCUUCCGGCCGACUCUACCGACUCAAGCAAUUUGUACAAAGGAAGGCCAAUAGUGCGGAUGUACGACGAGCCCCAAGAUGUCCGUAGCCUUCUUCGAUUCUAUUAUUAUGCCUCAAUGUUUCCACUCACUCGCUAUGACCCUGAAACUCCAAGCAAAAUUGAAGGCAUUCUUCGUCUCGCAAAAAAGUACCAAAUCGAUUCUGUGUGGCUCCGAUUAGUCCAUCAAGUUGAAGCGGAUUGGCCGACUUCACUCCCAGAGUGGGACCAGCUCGAAGGGGAGAUAGAGCUUCGCCAUUCGCGCCGCAUGGAAGAAAACCUGCCGGACGAGCUACCGCACAACGACGAUGUUUACCCGGAACCAGGGGCCGCUAUUUCCCUUGCCCUCGAAUUCUGCCUCUACGACAUUUUGCCAGCUGCAUUCUAUCAUCUCUCUCGUACCCGGAUAUCCUGCGACCGGGCUGCCAAGGCGGAUGACCAGGGGGUCUCCGACAACAUUGCCGAGGUUCACGAAGACGGUGGCCGGACCGCGAAUUGGUCAUACCUCACUAGAAACGAUUUCAAACGCCUGCUGCUAGGUCGGGAACACAUCCAGCGAUUUAUGGAAAGCAAAGCUUUCCAAUUUCAAAAUUCCUCUCGCUUUGCCGAUUGUGAUCUUCGAUGCGACAGGCGAGGUAUCGAGGCCAAGUUCCAACUGGCGCUUCAAUCAUCGGACGUCUUGAGUGAGUUGAAGGCAUUUAUCACUGAAGAUUACGCUACCGACGGAGUAUGCUCUCCGUGCAGGUCCAGGGCAAAGAGGGACGCACAGACUCUACGCCAGGAUUUGUGGGCUAAGCUCCCUCAAUUAUUUGACCUCCCGAUGCACAAAAGCGGCCCGUGGGUUCUGUUUAGACUCGAUGAACUCUAG